CUACCGCGUCCCUAAGUCAACACUCUGUCCGACAUCUUUAGUGCGGUUGCGUACAUGCAUUCACCCGAGUCGGAUGCGGCGGAGGAAAGGAUACCUCAGGAUAUCAUCGCCAUAUUCCACGCAUCAUUCCACCCAACUCAGGGGAAUGUUAUUGACUGGUCUCUCAAAGCCAGUGAAGACUUGGACUUGUCUCAUGUCGAGUUCAGCUGUCUCCCAAGCGGUCUGCACCUUAUAGAGCGCGAUGUAAUCUAUUUUAACAAGGACGAACAUCAGGGCGUGUGUGUAUUCCGCAGAAGACAGACCACAGAACACGGUCACCGCGGUUUCCGUCUGUCCUCCUUUGGUGUAUUACUCGCCAAGUCACCUCGCCCUAAACCUUGGAAGCACGUUGCAACCCUCAAAUCGCUGGUUGACACCGUAUACUCCUCCCUUGAGGACCGCGACGCGCUCGAUAUCCUCGACGCUGACUGGGACCCUGCGCGAGCGUAUUUUGAAGAGCACAAGGUGCACCAGGCAGAUCUGGGAGGCGCAGGCAACUGGCAGGGCUGGAACUCGGAGCUCGAGGCUGCUCCGCUGGAUGUCAGCCCCACUGUCCAUCUUCCCCAUCUUCUACGUAUCCUGGGUCCGUCUUCUUUGACCUUGUACAAGCACAUCUUAGGACGCCGGAGGGUUUUGAUCAUCACCCUUCCCCCUGUCGAGGCCGCAUGCAUGCUUUGUCAGGUCGCCGCGGAUAUAUGCUACGAGGAGCAGGUGAGCGAGCCUGUCUCAGGAUCCGCUAGCCAAGAUGGACGUGAAGGGGACGACGCAUCCCCUCGAGUAAAGGGUCGCAGCGCCGCCGGUAUCAAGGUGUUGGGCAUGGUCACUCUCAACGACUUGGACAAGCUAGAGUUUGAGAGCAAGUCGGGGCGCGGCUGGAUUGCGUGCACCACGGACUCUAUCUACUUGGACAAGCCCUCAUGCUAUGAUCUGCUCAUCGACCUCCGCUGCGCUACUCCCAACACAAGACCGACUUUCCAUAUAUCCAAACCGGUAGAACCACCGAGUGGACGGGGUCCUUCUUACCGGUUAUCCAGCAUACGUUUCACUUGGAGCGACGUCCGACUGUGGACCGAACUUGACCGAAUCCUCCAACUGGACUCCGAAGGCAGUCUGGAUGUAUGCUGCGACCCCUCACAUUGCAACGGCAAAGGGCACGCUGGCCCCAGCUCAACAUGGACCGACGUUUGGCGCGUCUACGAGGAUGUCUGCGUAAUGUGCGCUGGGCUCUGGAUGGGCGCGUGGCGCAACACCUCUGCAUCCCCCUACGCCUGCACCCCGCGCCGCGCAGAAAACUGGGGCAGCAUCCAUCUCGAAGGCGAGGACGACCUAGGACUGCGCACACGCUCAACCCCAUACAUCCGCAGCAUCGGCCAGGGAAUCGAAGGUCGCCCCUCUGGGAGCACACUGCCAUCUGGCCUGGGCAGUCUCACUCCCCGCGCGCUCCGCAGGGCGAGUGCGAUGUCCGCGUGGACGUGGGCAGGCGGCAAAAACGGCGACACGCCAGAACCGGAGCAGGCACCACGACCAACGGAAAACGCGCCCGCCGCGUCAAGCGGGAUGUUCAUCCCUGGCCAGCGUAGUAACGUCCCCGAGCCAAAUACGCGCCAGGACUCGGCAACGGUGGCGCGGCGCGAGCGGCAAGUGCUCACCACGCUCGCGCUGCUCGACGCGUUCCACGCGAACACGACGGUCGUCCUCUCACGGUUCGCGGCGCUCCUCGAAACGCGCAAGGCACAGCAGCAGCAGCAACCGUUGUCGUCACGAAGAAUCGACCUGGACGCGGGCCUCAUAGCAGGGGCGCAUCUAGUGUUGUUCACGCCGAAGGACGUGAUGUCGUUCGAGCUCGGACCGUUCAGCGGACUCGACGCACGCUUCGUGGAGUGGCUGGGGGAGGAAUACGGCGGUGGCGUGCGCGUGCUGGUGCGGCGCGGCUGGAAGGAUUUGGUCGGACUUAUCCUCGGAUUCGGCUGAUGGGGCAGUGUGAUCGGACUUGCCAUAGACGAGGGAACGGCUGGCCGAGUGUGAAGUGCUCGCGGUAUCCACCGUGAGUUACGACAAGUAGAUUAGGACGGUAUGUCUGCUACCAUGUUAUGUUGAUACCCAUUAUGUUUUAUAUAGGUCUGGCGAUGUUAUGUAGCUUGU